UACUACUAUCUUGUCUCUGUGUAUCCACAAUGUUCUUGUCAUGGUUAUUUGUCAGUGUUAUGAGUGUAUUUCACUCUUGUUCGGGGGAGCAUGGUCUACUGCGUGCAUACUCUCCUGGGGACAUCAUCAUUGGAGGACUUUUCCCUAUUCACUUAAAAACCAACAGAACCACAGCAAACGGACCAAUCUCCUGUAGCGUCUAUGACUUCCAGAUGUUCUUACGCACUCAAGUUAUGAUAUACGCCAUCAGAGAAAUAAACCAGCACACAGUGAGGAUUCUACCCAACUUCACCAUAGGAUACGACAUCUAUGACACUUGUGGAGAUGUUGGCCUGGCCCUCAGAGCAACACUUCAGCUGCUGAAGAACCAGUCGGACCCUCAGAGAUGUUUACUACCUGCAAACAUUCAUUCUGCUUUACCUGACCCCCAAACAAAGGUGGUGAUUGGUGAGAGGUAUUCAGAAGUAUCGAUAGCUGUAUCACGAGUUCUUGCUCUGUCAUCAGUUGCCCAGAUUAGCUAUGGAUCAACGAGCGAGGUGCUCAGCCAGAAGUUGAAGUUCCCCACUUUUCUGCGAACAAUAUCCAGCGAUGAAUAUCAGACAAAGGCCAUUGCUGAACUGGUGAAUCGGUUUAACUGGAAAACAGUAGCCAUUGUAGGAAGUAAUGAUGAGUACGGGAAGUACGGCAGCGACCGCCUUGGGGACACAUUCAGAAGAAUGGACAUCUGCGUUGAAUUUACUGACAUUCUGCCUAGUUACUUUUUCCAGAACGAUUCCAGAACACACGCACGGCUGGCUACUCUGGUGAGCAAAAUCAAUAAAUCCACUGCUGAGGCCAUCAUCACGUUCACCAAGGGCAGCAAUAUUGAGAUCAUCAUGGAAGCAGCUAUUAAAUUAAGACUCAACAGAACUUGGAUUGCAAGUGACUCGUGGUCCACCUCUCCAAAGGUCUCUGCACUGCCAGGCGUCGAGUUGGCCGGGCAGGUUUUCGGAUUCAUCUCUAAGAGGAAUGAGGUGCCCGGUUUUAAAGACUACAUCAUCUCAAUGUUCAACAGCACGAUCAAUGACAUUCUUGAGGAUUACCUGGUUCAAUUUCCACUUUGUUCCAAUUGGUCAGAAGAGAGCAGAGAAAAUGACUGCACAGUACCAGACGACCAAGAGCGGUCCAAGCACUGUUUGCACCCAAGGUGCUUGGCCAAUUACAUUGACCAUGAUGAAUCAUACAACAUAUACUUAGCCGUUCAAGUCAUUGCUGAGGGUCUCAGACGUUUGCUGAAGUGUGACAACCAACAUUGUAAACGUAACACCAAAUUUACAGCCUCGGAGCUUCUCAAGGAAAUCCAGAAAGUCAACUUUACUGUGAACUCCACACAUAUAUUCUUUAACACCAACGGAGACCCCAAUUUAGGAUAUGAUAUUGUAUAUUGGCACAUGGACAUAUCCACACGGCGCAUACACAUAAAAACCAUUGGAGAAUACUGGCCAAAUGAAAGAAUAAAAUUCGCAGAUUGGCCAUAUAUUGUUCAAUAUAUGGCCAAUAUGAAUGUAACUGUUUACAAUUGCUCUAAAACGUGUAGCCCUGGGCAAGAGCUGAAACAGCAAAGUAAACAGUGCUGCAAGGAUUGUGUUCCAUGUGCAGACGGAGAGUUUUCCCGAGGAAAUGGUGAGGAGUGUCAGAGCUGUGGUCUAGAGAAGUAUUCGACUCAGCAGAGGGAUGAGUGUUUGAACAAAACUCUUGAAUUCCUGUACUGGACAGAUCCCUUUAUUAUCAUUUUGAGUUUGUUAGAAGUAUUCGGGAUUAUUGUGACCAUUGUGUUUACAAUCCUGUUUACAGUCUAUCGUAACACUCCCAUUGUGAAGGCAGUUGGAGGCUAUUUGUGCUUCUUGGAGCUUUUUUCCCUGCUCGCCUGCUUCAGCCUUACAUUUACCUUCACAGGAAGGCCCACUAAGGUCUCCUGCAUGGUGGGCCUGCCCCUCUUCGGCAUUGCUUUUUCCCUCUGCAUCUCCUGCAUUCUGGCAAACCUGCUCCAAAUCUUAGUGGGCUUCAGCUUUGAAUUGAAUAAAGGAUCCUGGCUGAAGAAGCUCAAUAAACCAUUGGCUGUGGUGACCAUCGUGUCUGGGAUCCAGCUUGCCCUGUGUGUGCCAUGGCUGUACUAUAAACCCCCAUUUCUAGACCAAGAGAUAUUGAGCAUGACCAUUCUGCUGCAGUGUGAUAAAGGCUCCACUAAGUUCUUCAUAGCCAUGUUGGGCUAUAACGCUUUCUUGGCCCUUAUUUGUUUCAUGUUUGCAUUCAAAGGUAAACAGCUUCCAGAUUUGUAUAAAAAUGCGAAUUUAAUCACCAUCAGUAUGCUGCUGUUUUUAAUCAUUUGGAUCCUCUUCAUCCCCAUUUAUCUCAAUUUGGUGGGGAAGUACAAACGAGCUAUAGAAAGUGCAGCCAUACUCAUCUCUAGUUACAGCAUCCUGGGCUGUCACUUGGCCCCUAAAUGUUACAUAAUGCUGUUCAGGAAAGAGAUUAAUAAUGAGAACGCCAUCACUGAAUACAUCAGGAAGCAUUAUGAGCAGAGAGACAUGGCUGUGGUCAAAUCCUGA